ACCCAAAGUUGGACACUUUGAAGUUGAAUUUGACAGCAUUAUUUUUAGUCAAUUGUCGUUGCAGCACUUGGUCUUGUAAUUGACAUAAAAGAUUAAAAAUGGAGCAAAUUGGAAUGUCAAACUUCUCUUCAACAUCUUAUAUAUGAGUGCUCUCAGAGAUCUGCAAGUUAACCCCCCAUUUUAUUAGUGGCAAACCAUGGCUACUUACAAAGUUGCUCUUGCUCUUCUCCUCCUAUAUGGUGCUAUUUCACUACAGGCCACUUCAGGGAAAGCUUGCCCUCUUUAUUGCUUGGACGUAGAGUACAUGACUUGCCAAUCUUCAGGAGAUGAGAAGCUUAAUCCCAGUUGCAACUGCUGCUUAGCUCCCAAGAAUUGUACCCUUCACCUUUCUGAUGGCACUUCACUGUUCUGUAAGCCAAAUUGAGAUCAGGGACCACAUGUGUCUUGCUUUCCUUCUUGAUCAGGAUAUCGUAUCCUGCUUUUGAAGAAAAUAAAAGUUAUAAAAGUUGGCUUUAACAAAAUUAUCUUUAGUCAGUUAUCAGAAAACUUAAACUUACAUUCUAUCUGUUGGGUCUGUAAUUGAUAUAAACAUUAUAAACAUAGCAAAGAUGAAGGUCAAAACUUGUCUUACAACAUAAUACAGAAGGGUAUACUUUCAGAUAUCUGCAGAAUUACUAUCUCAA